AUGCCGGCAGAUAUUGCCCGCGCGGCGAGCCUGGCCGAGAGCUGCGCGGAGGCGGGCGGCGCCGCCCAGCCAGACCUGCUCGAGCUGGCCGAGCUCGCCCCGCAGCCCGACGAUUGGACCGUCGGGGUCCUGCUCCGCCCCGUCGCGUUCGCCGCUCUCGCGGCGCAGGGUGGCCCGAGGUGCUUCGCGGCCGACGAACGCGACGGCGAGGGCGCAAGGGGCGACGAAGUCGACGCAGUCCGCGAGGCUGCCACGCAGGAGCGGGCAGGUGGCCCGCGCGGCGCCUGCGCGGCGGGCAACGCGGACGCUCGGAGGGAGAGGUGCGCCUCGCGGGCCUUGGGGGCCAAUGGCCCCGCCCGCCAG